UUGAAGCAGUCUGCAAAGGGUUCUAGACGUUAACGGUUCUUCUUAAUAUCAAACUCAAAACCAAGAGCAAAAUCGUUGCGUGCGUUCUAACAGUUUCUGAUUGUUUAAAUCAAGUGAAGAAAGUGCUAUAAAAAAUACACGUUCAACUAUUUGCUGCAGUUAUUAAAGUAACCUCAGCAAAUAUACACGGCAGUAAAACUACCAAACAAAUUCAAUAAAGAAAAGAAGUUGAAAUGGAUUCUGCUGCUGCUGCUGCCGCCAAGCGCGUACAAAUCGAGAAGGCACACAAUUUUAUGCGUCAAUAUCGUGAUCCCGAGUCGCGGGAACUGAAGAAACUGUCGGCAAAUCAGUUUAUGGAUGUGUGGGCGCACUACGAUAAAGAUGGCAAUGGCUACAUUGAGGGCACGGAAUUGGAUGGUUUUCUGCGUGAGUUUGUGUCCAGCGCCAAUGCCACUGACAUCAGCCCCGAGGCUGUUACUGACACAAUGCUGGAGGAGCUGAAGUCCUGCUUUAUGGAAGCCUACGAUGAUAAUCAGGAUGGCAAAAUCGAUAUCCGAGAGCUCGCACAACUUUUGCCCAUGGAGGAAAAUUUCCUUUUGCUCUUCCGCUUCGAUAACCCCUUGGAAUCAAGCGUCGAAUUCAUGAAGAUCUGGCGUGAAUACGAUACUGAUAACUCUGGUUACAUUGAAGCGGAUGAGCUUAAGAAUUUCUUACGUGACUUGCUCAAAGAGGCCAAAAAGAUCAAUGAUGUCUCCGAGGAUAAGCUUAUUGAAUACACAGACACCAUGCUCCAAGUUUUCGAUGCCAAUAAGGAUGGCCGUUUGCAGCUCUCGGAAAUGGCCAAACUACUUCCGGUUAAGGAGAACUUCCUAUGCCGUCAGGUAUUCAAGGAGGGCAUUGAUGGUGCUACCAAACUGACCAAGGAGGACAUUGAGAAAGUCUUCUCAUUAUACGAUCGCGAUAACAGCGGUACCAUUGAGAAUGAGGAGCUGAAGGGCUUCCUGAAGGAUCUGUUAGAGCUGGUCAAGAAGGAUGACUAUGAUGCUCAGGAUCUGGCUGCAUUUGAGGAGACAAUCAUGCGAGGCGUUGGACAUGACAAACAUGGCAAGAUCUCACGCAAAGAGCUGACCAUGAUUUUACUGACCCUGGCCAAAAUAUCGCCAGAAGAUGAGCAGUAAGAUUUUAGUGUCCGUCGAUGCCAACGAAACGAACCGUAAGAUUUGUUAGCACAACAGCACAACAAUAUAAAUAUAUAUUUUUGUUACCAAUUUGGGUAAACGGCAGAGUUUUUUGGUCACAAUGCCAAUCGAUUACUUUAAUAAGGCCCCAUUCAUAGGUGGCUAGCUGAGAGGAAAGCAACUCCCGAAAUGCAAAACCUCUGCAAAAUAAAUAUAUUAAAAUAAAUUAAAGAUUACAAAACAAAACAUUGAUAAAUUGACAAAUUGACAAAUUGAUGAAGCGCUAAAUUUCCAUCAAAAUUACAAAGCAAAUAUAAGCUAAUAUAAAUGUUUCAAAUUAAAUAAAUGUUUAUGCAUGUUAAGCUUUUGAAAGUCUAUUUCCUAAACAACAACAACAACAUCAACAACUACCAAGGCAUAAGAACCCAACAAUAUUAUGUACUAUGUGUAUUCGUAAUUUAACAAUAAAUAAUAAUAUAUAAAGCUAAAGUAAUUACUUUUAUGACAAAGCAACUCGAAACCAGCCAGAAACACAAAAAAAACAGAAAAACAAAAACAAAGUUCAGUACAUCGAUUUUAAAGUCUUGUCUGGGAUGAAUUUUUGAAUGCGAAAAUGCAUAGAAAACAUUAUAUUUUAUAUUCUCAAUUUAUUGCAUAUAUUUAUUUAAUUUUUAAAAAGAUAAAACAACUAAUUUAAUUUCGAAUUAAUUGAAAAUUUAGCUAAGUGUAAGUGCAGACACUCAACGAUUUAUGGCAGAAGCCAAAUGAAAAUUAAAAAAAUUAAAAUAAAAAUAAAAAUAAAAUAAAUAAAUACAUUUAUUAUGUAGCGAGAUUUUUUUAGAUAAUUGUUGUUAACUAUUGUGUGUACCAAAAUAAAUAUUUGUAAUAAUUAUAAUUAUUAAAUUAUAUAAUAUAAAUGUAUAUGUAUAUGUAUAAUGAAUAUAUUUUAUGCGUGUGAUUAUUUCCGCUUUACUUUCCUCGUAAAUUAUUGCCCAACAACAAUUUCAAAACACUAUUCAAGUGUCCAGUUAAGCGUAAAUCGUAUCGUAUUUACAUUUCGAAACACUUUUUUUUUUAGUGAAUAAGUUUAACCAACAUCAAUCAGACCACUCAAACAGCAGCUGCCAAUUGGCACUCGAACACGGGCGCCUGUCCAAAGCAGGUAAUAUAAGAUUCCACUUGCAACGUGCCAUCCACUUGCCACGCCUCUUGCAACUGUGCUCGACAUGCGUCGCGUUGCCUUCGUAAUUGUCCUUGCUGCAUUGAUUAAUGCGAUUCGAUUGAGGCGAUGGCAGGUGAGCAAAAUUCAUUGAACCGAACAGGUUCUAUUAGAAGUCAAACAACUGUUGGAAAUUGUUUUAACAAGUCCUCAAGGUGCUAUCUCUAUAUUAUAAAUACUUGAUAACUAAGCCAGCUCUCUCUUGAAUAUUAUUAUUAUUUCUCUAUUUGAUUAUUUGAAAAAAAAAACUCAACCAUAGCCAAACGAAAACAAACCCAAUCCUAUGCUAGCUAAAUUAUUAUAUGUUUUAGAGAAAUUUACGAUCUUACAAAUGCCAAGUAAACGAAUGAAAACGAAUAUCGUAUAUACCUUAUAAAAUAUACUUAUAUACUAUGUCAACUUACUCGUACUAUAUAUACUAUGUUUAAGAUCGAAAUGAAAAGUCUAUAACACACAAUAUCAGACGAUAGAGUAACAUGCAUGUAAAGCUUCAAAAAGGACUUUCCGAAACAAAAACAAAACAAA